AUGCCGCUAGUAAGUCAGGUGUGUUUUAAUGUUAGGCCUGUGCCAGUCGUCAGAAUGUCUAAGGGAGCUAACGAAAAUGCAGCCAGCCCGGGAUCUACGUCCGAGGGCCGAUUCCCGAAAAUAAUUUUGUUCAUCAUUGUAGCAGAAUUCUGUGAACGUAUCUCUUACUCUGGGAUGCGGGUUUUCUUCACUUUAUACCUGCGCAACAAAUUGGACUAUACGGAUGAUGAGGCAACCGAACUGUAUCAUAUUUUCAAUGGCCUAGUCUACCUAUGUCCCAUUUUUGGCGGAAUAGUUGCCGACAGUUACCUUGGGAAAUAUCGGACAAUACUCUACAUGAUGUUUGUUUAUCUCUUUGGAAAUUCUCUAGUUGCAUUGACGGCGAUACCGCACCUUAUGCUACCCGGCCGUUUAUGUACGUUACUUGGCGUUUUUAUGAUCACCAUUGGGACCGGAGGUAUAAAGCCUUGCGUGACAGCCUUCGGCGGGGAGCAGUUUAUUCUGCCGCAACAAGAGAGGCUUCUUUCUCUGUACUUCAGCGUACUUUACUUCAACCUGUGCGUCGGAAGCUUGAUUGCGAAGACUCUUGCGCCGAUAUUCAGGUCCCACGUCCAUUGCUUCGGCGACAAGGACUGUUACUCGCUCGCUUUUGGCGCACCAGUAAUAGUCAUAAUUAUAUCAAUAGUUUCGGUCAUCAGUGAUAUUAAAAACCUCUCAUUUGAAAUACCGCCGCUCUCUUACGUUUCCAACAAGCGUAUCGCUGUAGCGGACAAAGAAAACGUUACGCUGACAUUUGAUUGCGACUGUUUCGACUCGAGAGCUGAGGUGGUGUUGAUGGAAGAGAACAAAGCCAUUUCGCUUUACGUAACCGGUAAGGACAUUUAUCAAUAUGAGGACGACGUGGACAAGAGUAAGUCGGGAUUCCCGAUGGUGAGGUUUCUAUUAACAGAUGAUAUUGAUGUGCACGGUUUAAUAUUGUACAAUAAACUAACGAAAAAUGAAGAAGUGUCUCUGUCACAGAGCCUACUAUCUGAACGAUUCGAGGUUUAUAGUUCUACAUACUCUGUAAUUGUCGGUAAUCAAAUCGUUAUGGAUGAUGUGAAAUUUGAAAACGGUGGUGUUUAUACCCUCAUCAUUGCCAAUGACUCUGAAUCGUAUAUAGCUAACAUGAUCACAGUCACUGAAGCCAACUCUAUCUCGAUGUUCUUGCUCGUACCUCAAUUUGUGAUCGUCUCAAUGGCAGAGGUAUUUUUCGCAGUAACUGGUAAUGAGUUUGCAUUCAAAGAAUCACCAGAAUGUAUGAAGGCCGUCAUCACGGCGAUUUGGCUACUUACAGAAGCAUUUGGGAAUGUCCUCAUCAUACUUUUCACUCGAUGGUGGAUUAACAUAUCGCAAGUAUGGCCAAACUUUCGGACAAUCAUUAAA